GGUCUUUGCCAAGCGCGCGCCCCCAAGCGCACCAGGUAGCCAGGGCAGCCCUGCUGGCUUUGCCGCCGCCGCAGCCGCAGGCCCCGGCAGAAGCGCCUAUGCCAUGGCGGCCCUCAUGGCUCACGGAUGAGGAAGCGGCGAUGCUGUGCCAGCCUGGCGCGGCGGAGGCGCUCGAGGCGCAGGCCAGGGGGAUGGCUGAGAGCAGCGCGGCAGCUGCCCAGGAGUUCAAUGACACCUGGCAGGAAGCUGGCGACUGGCCCGAGGCCCAGGCGCCUGGUCCUUGGCUUGGCGGCUCAGAGGACCAGCCUUGGGCUCGACCCUCCUGGGAGGUGCGGACGAAUCGAGCUCCGGCACAGGAGGCACCUCACUUCGUGCCGAAGGAGGUCCACAUGGAAGCACCGGCGCCGCGAGGCGGAUGAUGCUGCAAGACUAGGUUCUCACCCUCUGCCGGCCGGGUUUCUGACGGGCAAUGCUCCCGCUGGCUUGGUCCCUGGGGCGCAGGGCAAAGGCCCCAAGCGCGGCAGCCUGCCGAUACCGGCGAACAUGCGCCUGCCCGAGGAGGUGGCAGCCAGCCAGGCGGAAGCAGCCCACGGCGUUGCCGCGCCUGAAGCGGCCGAACCGGCAGAAGCGCCUUUUGCAGGGCUCGUGCAGCCACGGAUCCGCCCCAAAGCAGGGCAGGCCUUUCCGGGCUCCGUGCCGGCGCCCUUCCCAGCAGGGCCCCUGCCCGCUGAUGCCCAGGCGCAGGACUUGAGACCUCGGCUGAUGAUGCGGCCCGCCAUGCCUCGGGCUCCGGCGCCGCAGUGGAGCGGGGAAGGCGGCAGCAUGUCGUCCUCUGCGCCUUGUCCAUCCACCCCGUGCCCUUCCAGUGCGUGCCCUGGCCCCAUGCAGGUGCCGCCGCGGCCGGUGCGGUCCCCACGCCCGCCCAGCGGUCCACCACCGAGGCAGUUGCUGAAUCACUUGGCAAACACCGGAGCGAAGGCGGGAGAAGGCUGGCCAGGGGAACUUGCGAGGAGUGAGCCUGGUGAUAUGGAAUGGCGCGAGCCGCCCCUCGGGCCGCCUGCAGGGCUUGCGCCCCUUGGGCCACCUCUGGGGCCGCCCCUGGGGCCGCCCCCCGGGCCACCCCCGCCCCCGCCUCCCUUGGAAGAGGAGUACACGGUGAUCCGGUCGACCACCGCCAGCAAAAAUGCGCCGGCCUCGCCUCCGGCUUCUUUGAGACCAUCCGCGUCGGUGUCCUUGAGGCGCCGCUGGCAUGAGGGAAGGAGCCUCCCAGGCAGGCCUGAGGUGGAGAGGUCAUUUCCAGCAGACCGUCGAUCCAGGUCCCGGAGGCGCGACCGGCGAGGGUCGCCCAGGAGAAGAGAACAUCGGGAGAGGCGCGACCAUCGACCAGGCGGCAGCUUGGACAGAGGUCGCGAGCACCGGUCGCAUGCCGCAAAGUCACGUUCCAGAGGAGGACGGCGGGGCCGAAGAAGAGAGGAAGGGGAUGUCGGUGAGAGGGUGGUGCCGCUCGAGAACGUCUUGCCGAUCCAGGACCUGGAAAUCAGCUUGGAUGAGUCUUUCUCCGACGGGCGGCCUCUUCGGGAGCUUGUGGACCAGCUCGUGCUGGCCGAGGCAGACCCAUUGAAAGACGACUUUCUGAAGCUGAACUGUGUGGUUCAGAGAGGGACGCUGCGCACCUUUGACGUGAAGCGCCUGGCUUGCCUAAAGGAGUUUGCCAGCAAGAUCCAGCGCGAGGUGCAGGUUCGCAUUCAGGUUGCUGGCAGCCAUGAUGAGCAGCAUCACAUGGCAUUGUUCUUGAACCACUACACGACGCAGACGGGCGAGAUGCCCCGAGUGCGGUCGAGCAGGUUCCGCGCAACAGACGAGGGCCGAGAUGAUCGCCCUCUGGAACGCCGGAGGGAUUCUUGGCGCAAGCCCAUCGGCGCGAGAGAAGAUGGCAAAGGCCAUGGAAGGAAGGGGAAGAGGUCGGACAGAUCGGAGAGGGGCUUCGACCGUGAAGGAGAAGGACCGCGCGAAGGAAAGGGCAAGAACCGCAGGGGCAGGAAGGGCGGAAGCAAAGGCACUGCCCGAGACAGCCAUCGCGAGGAGGAUGCGCCAGGCGAAGACCGGGAUGACAAGGAUUCCCGGGAUGGCCUCGAUGAUCCUGUGGAGGGCUGGGAUGAUCCGUCCUUCUUUGACGAGGAGGACUUUGUGGAACCCCGGCGCCCCCCAGGCAACAAAAAGGGCCCUGCGAAGAGCCGCUGGGACUCGCCAGAGGAGGGCGGUGACUGAGCGGAUGGCGAGAGACUGGGGAGAUCCCAAACACAACG